AUAAAACAAGAGGAACCAGAAACCUGGAGAAUAAAACACGAGGAACCAGAAACCGUGAGAAUAAAACACGAGGAACCAGAAUCCUGCAGAGUAAAACACGAGGAACCAGAAAACGGGAGAAUAAAACACGAGGAACCAGAAAGAGAGUUAAUUGAAGAAAAAGAGGAGAAAGAAGAAUCAAGUGAAGUUGAGGAGAAAAAUCACGUCAAAAACUGGAGGAAAACCUUUCAGUUUCUCUCAAAGCAAACAGAAAGAUUUAAAGAAAAAAAGAGCAAAGAAGUCCUUCCGCUGCACUCACUGUGGAAAGAGAUUCAGACUCAAAACAGGUUUUGAGCGUCACAUGAGAAUUCAUACUGGAGAGAAACCAUUCACUUGUGAUCAGUGUGGGAAGAGUUUCACACAAUCAUCAAACCUUAAUAUACACAUGAACAUCCACACUGCAGAGAAGAAGCACGCAUGUGAUCAAUGCGGUAAAAUGUUUUUAUGGGUUUCACUUCUGAAGAAACACUUGAAAGUUCAUGCAAAGGAGAAACCACAUCCAUGUUAUUUGUGUAGUAAGAAUUUUUUGCCUCUACAAAGUUUGAAAGAACAUCAGAAAAUACACACUGGUGAAAGAGGGUACAUGUGCUUUGAGUGUGAAAAGACUUUUAGUUCAGCAAGCAGUUUAAAACAGCACGAGAGGAUUCACAUUGGAAAGAAACCUUAUAAGUGUUCACACUGUGACAAGAGAUUCAGUGAUUCAUCAAAUCUGAAAACGCAUGAGAGGAUUCACACUGGAGAGAAACCUUAUAAGUGUUCACACUGUGACAAGAGAUUCAAUUAUUCAUCAUAUCUGAAGACGCAUGAGAGGAUUCACACUGGAGAGAAACCUUACAAGUGUUCACACUGUGACAAGAGAUUCAUUAAAUCAUCAGGUCAGAAAUCACAUGAGAGGAUUCACACUGGAGAGAAACCUUACAAGUGUUCACACUGUGACAAGAGAUUCAUUCAUCCAUCACAUCGGAAAACACAUGAGAGGAUUCACACUGGAGAGAAAAUUUUUAAGUGUUCACACUGUGACAAGACAUUCAAUGAUUCAUCAUCUCUGAAAAUGCAUGAGAGGAUUCACACUGGAGAGAAACAUUAUAAGUGUGCACACUGUGACAAGACAUUCAACGAUUCAUCAUCUCUGAAAAUGCAUGAGAGGAUUCACACUGGAGAGAAACUUUAUAAGUGUGCACACUGUGACAAGACAUUCAAUGAUUCAUCAUCUCUGAAAAUGCAUGAGAGGAUUCACACUGGAGAGAAACAUUAUAAGUGUGCACACUGUGACAAGACAUUCAAUGAUUCAUCAUCUCUGAAAACGCAUGAGAGGAUUCACACUGGAGAGAAACUUUAUAAGUGUGCACACUGUGACAAGACAUUCAAUGAUUCAUCAUCUCUGAAAAUGCAUGAGAGGAUUCACACUGGAGAGAAACUUUAUAAGUGUGCACACUGUGACAAGAGAUUCAGUGAUUCAUCAUCUCUGAAAACGCAUGAGAGGAUUCACACUGGAGAGAAACAUUAUAAGUGUGCACACUGUGACAAGACAUUCAAUGAUUCAUCAUCUCUGAUGACGCAUGAGAGGAUUCACAUUGGAGAGAAACAUUAUAAUUGUGCACACUGUGACAAGACAUUCAAUGAUUCAUCAUUUCUGAAAAUGCAUGAGAUGACUCACACUGGAGAGAAACAUUAUAAGUGUGCACACUGUGACAAGACAUUCAAUGAUUCAUCAUCUCUGAAAAUGCACAAGAGGGUUCACACUGGAGAGAAACUUUAUGAGUGUGCACACUGUGACAAGGCAUGCAAUGAUUCAUCAUCUCUGAAAAUGCAUGAGAGGAUCCACACUGGAGAGAAACCUUAUAAGUGUUCACACUGUGACAAGAGAUUCAUUAGAUCAUCAGGUCAGAAAUCACAUGAGAGGAUUCACACUGGAGAGAAACCAUAUAAGUGUUCACACUGUGACAAGAGAUUCCGUGAUUCAUCAACUCUAAAAACACAUGAGAGGAUUCACACUGGAGAGAAACCAAAUAAGUAAAUGGACUGCAUUUAUAUAGUGCUUUCAACAGAUCCCAUGGCCAUCCAAAGCGCUUUACAAGUUGCCUCACAUUUACCCAUUCACUCACUCAUUCAUACCCCGACUCUGGUGUCAGCCAUUCAAGGCACCAUCCAGCUCGCCAAGGAUACAUCGACACUUGGUGGAGCCUUGGAUAACAUACUUUUCCUGCAGGAGGUCUGUUUCCUCCGAUAUUUGUAGAUGCAUUUUGUCUAUAAAAAUGCGUUUAUUCAGUUCUGUAAUUUGACACAACAGGAUGAAGUUGGAUGGGCACUGUGGGCAGACCUGACUAAAUAUACUUAGAAUCGUUGAGGAUUUUCAUCAUCAAUAAUAAUCAAUUUUAUCAAUUAGUUUUUGCAGCCCUAACUGAAACCACACCUACUCUCUUUGGGUGAACAUUUGAGAGCAUUACGCAAAUAUUUCCACAUAGUGACGUAGACAUGUGGGGGCGUGUUUAAACGAGGUGGGGUUUUUUGGGGGUGGGGGGGGGGGGCUGACUCUUAACUUUAAUAGAGAAUAUCUUUGGAUGAGAGACUUUAGUCUUUGCAACUUUACAGAUCUUUUUUAUUCACCAAGAGCUUGUAACACUAAAACAAUACAAGUUCCAUUAUAACCAGUAAAACCAUUAAAACCAUUGGCAUUUCCAGCAGGUUAGUAUAAGCAUGGAAAUGGUCUGCCUGGAUGCCUAAUAAUUAUAAUAAAAACAUAGCUUGUUUUAUCUACUGUUUAAUUAAUAAAUAAAAAAAUAGUCUGAGCACAUCAACUGUCAUGUGUAAAAUGAAAUAGGAUUAACUCCAUUUAUGUAAUUUUUGAUUUUUCAUUUUUUAAGCAUUAAAUAUAAAUGACUUUAUCCUAAAGUUAUUACUUCGAAUUAGGUCUCUUAACUUCUUGUAAAAUUGGAGGGGAUCAAGCUAAAUCCUCUUUAUUCUCUUCAUCACAGAAUCUGAUGUUAGACACUGCAAAAUAAAAAUUUUAAUAUCAAGUUUAAUCCUCAAAAGCAGCUUUUCAGAAACAUCUUCAAAAUAUCUUGUUUUAUAAUUCACAUUACCUUUCAUUCAACUGUUUGAGUUCCACAUGCACACAUAACACAAGGAUGUAGUUUAGACACGUUAAACCUGUUUAAUAUGUUGUAUUUGUUAAUUCUUUCAUUAGGCUACAUCUUAUCAUUAUCAUGUGUUUUCAUUUAUCUUAAUUUCCAUAAUUUACAUGCUGCUGUGUGAUUUUCAAUGAAAUAUCUGACUAAUAAAAUCGAUUGUUUUUCUCCUCUAAUCUUCA